GGGGCCCGUCGUCCUCCGAGCAUUCCGAUUGGCGGAGAUGACCAUGGGACCUGGAAGUUGUCUUUGUCCGGCCAGGGCUGCCCUUCCGGUUCCGUUGGGUCCCCCUUUGGCUCCGAUUGCCUGCCCCUCCCCCUUCCCGGAGCCCCGAGGGGCCGGAGCUCCUGGCGGUGCCAGAUCUAGAUGGCGGCCUUCCCCCCGGGUCUGUCUGCCAAAAUGUCUGAAAGAUCAGAUCUCCUUCACUUCAAGUUUGAAAAUUAUGGAGAUUCAAUGUUACAAAAAAUGAACAAAUUAAGAGAAGAGAAUAAAUUUUGUGAUGUUACAGUUCUCAUAGAUGAUGUUGAGGUGCAGGGGCAUAAAAUUGUUUUUGCUGCAGGCUCCCCCUUCUUAAGAGACCAGUUUUUACUGAAUGAUUCCCGAGAGGUGAAAAUCUCCAUAUUACAGAGUUCUGAAGUGGGGAGACAAUUGCUCUUAUCCUGUUAUAGUGGUGUGCUGGAAUUCCCUGAGAUGGAGCUGGUAAAUUACUUGACUGCUGCGAGUUUUCUUCAGAUGAGCCACAUUGUAGAGCGGUGCACACAGGCGCUGUGGAAGUUUAUAAAGCCCAAACAACCAAUGGAUAGUAAAGAGGGAUGUGAACCACAGAGUGCUUCUCCCCAGUCGAAAGAACAGCAGGGAGAUGCCAGAGGCUCUCCAAAACAGGACUUACCUUGUAUUCAUCCAUCUGAAGACAGUAUGGAUAUGGAGGACAGUGAUAUUCAGAUUGUUAAGGUAGAAUCUAUUGGGGAUGUAUCAGAGGUUAGAAGUAAAAAAGAUCAGAACCAGUACAUUUCUUCAGAACCCACUGCUUUACAUUCAUCAGAGCCCCAGCACUCCCUGAUAAACUCAACUGUGGAAAACAGAGUAAGUGAACUAGACCAGAGCCAUCUCCACAAUUACGCCCUCUCUUACACAGACAAUGAUGACAUCAUCAUGACCUCAAAAGAUGUCUUUGGGCCUAAUAUUCGAGGUGUAGACAAAAGCUUACAGUGGCAUCACCAAUGCCCAAAGUGUACCAGGGUGUUCCGUCACCUGGAGAACUACGCCAACCAUUUAAAAAUGCACAAACUCUUUAUGUGUCUACUCUGCGGCAAGACUUUCACUCAGAAAGGCAAUCUUCAUCGACACAUGCGUGUACAUGCCGGAAUUAAACCUUUCCAGUGUAAAAUCUGUGGGAAAACCUUUUCUCAGAAGUGUUCCUUACAGGACCAUCUUAACCUUCACAGUGGAGAUAAGCCCCAUAAAUGUAACUAUUGUGACAUGGUUUUUGCACAUAAGCCAGUUUUGAGGAAACACCUUAAACAGCUGCAUGGCAAAAACAGCUUUGAUAAUGCCAAUGAGAGGAAUGUACAAGACCUCACAGUGGAUUUUGAUUCUUUUGCAUGUACAACAGUCACAGACUCUAAAGGUUGUCAGCCACAACCUGAUGCAACACAGGUCCUGGAUGCAGGUAAACUGACCCAAGCUGUCCUCAGCUUAAGAAGUGAGAGUACAUGUGUAAACUGAGGAGGGCCAGUGCUCACAGCUAGAAUCGACUCAGAGUGUGGCAAUAGUGCUAAGUCUCUUUAGGAGUGGUUUGGAUAGCUUCUUCAAAGCCUCCAAGCAAGUGGUUGUGGGUGAGCACCAAUAGACCAGGCAGCUCCCACUUGUAGUGGCUUUGCUUUCUUUUAGCUCUCUCCAGGUUCUUUUUUGAGUUAUUUUAUCCUGUGAUGUCUGUUUUCCUUUCCUAAGGAAUAAUUCCAUUUGUCUACCUAGUGUCAAUACGUGUCUUAGACUGACACUAUUUUAAUCUUUUUACCAAGCAUAUUCUGAAGGUACUAACAAAUAGCAUCACCUACUUCCCACUAAUCGAUGCUGUGCUUAGAAAAGUUCAUUUUCUUCUUUGGGGGAAAAUGAGUCUGUGAUAUGAGGUUACACUGCUUUUGACCUAAAUAUGUGAUAGAGCCUCUGUUUGUCUACUGUGAUUCAUCUAAGACUGAUGAGUGGUUCUGCUUCCUACCAUUUGUACUUUUUUUGGAGCUGCUAUGAAGAUGUAUAUUGGUUUGUUCUUUAAACACUAACACAGCCCAUUGAAUUAUUAUAACCCAGAAUACAAUCCUUUCAGCAACAUCUGCAGACAAAUAGGGACCACUAUGGGAAGGAAAAUCAGCAAAUAAUAGAAGUAUAAUAAAACAACAGUGGGCACAUGGAAGGUUCCCUAAACCUUAUUAUGUUCCAACAAGAGACUAGCUGCUUAUGUAUGUAUGUACCCUGUUUAUAAUUGGAAAUACUUUGGGCAUAUUUAAGUGAGCUAAAGAAUAAUGAAUGGUCUCUGUAGGAAUGGACUAUAUUGGAAUCUGAACUUCAUCUCAGAGUUUAUUACAUAAGAAAGGUGAGUUUGGCCAUGGCUUUUGUGUAGUUUACAGUGUCUCCUGGUUUCCCUUUUCUCAACAGAUGAAAAAAAAAAUUAAGUGGGAUACAGAAGAAUAACCAGAAUUUUUGCAUUUAGGUAAUCUUAGAGAUACAAUGAUACACUGUCCACUUUGCCACCUUUCAUAGUUGAUCUUCAAGAAUGGAAAAAACAAUUCUUUAUUCUAAAGUACAUUUCAGAUAUAAUUUUGAGCUUUUUUCUGACCCAGGGGUUAUAGUAAAGUAUAGGAUUGCUAGAGAACUUAGAAACUCUUGAAAGAUUGUUUACACUAUCUCUGUCAUUUAAGUAGGAACAUUCAAAUGGGAAACCUGGCCACCAUUGGACAAAAUACAUCUUUUCUGCUAUACCUUGGCUUUAAAAGAUGGUGAAUAAUACAUUAACAAAGUUUCCAGUUUUGUUUCACUGAUCCCUUUUGGCUUUUGAAAUCAGCCUGACAUUUGCCAACAAAAUGUCACAGAAGGACUUAUGAUAAUUAUUUAUUUAAACUUUGUUUACUUUGGUGGCUUGUGCCUGUAAUCUCAGAAUUUAUGAAGUUGAAGCAGGUGGGUUUCUGUAAGUUAGAGGCCAGCCUGGACUAAGACCUAAAUAAAUGUAAUUUUACUGUGUUGGUGCUGGAAGUCAAGCCCCGGGUCUCACAUGUGCUAGGCAAGCACUGAACCUACCACUAAGGUACAGCCCUAGCCUGCUAACUGUUUUUAGCUAGAUGAAUUGUUUCUAAGUGAGUGAUUGGUUUGGGUAUGAAGGGAAGGAAAAGUUAGAAUAAUGUGAGAUAGAUCCAAAUGUGUAACUGAUUUUGUCCAAGAAACUUUAUUCCCACUAGACUUUUGUUUUUAUUUUUGAGCUAUGAGAGUACAUGCACAGAUAAUCCAAAAACUAAACCUAAUUUAUAUAUAGAUGUUAUAAUUUGAUAUAUAUACAUGGCUCAGAUUUGAGGCAUAAUUUCUUCUAAAUAUUUAAAUAAGUAUACAGUUAACUAAUAAGACUUGUAGGUAGUUUAUGCCCAAUAUCACUCAUUGUAUGGUCUAAUAAUGCUUUCUAGCAUUCUGAAUUUUAGUGAGUUAUCCAAAGAGCACCAGUUCUGUGCAACAAUGGGACUUUGCCAUGUCAUCCAGUGUUUUGAAUAUUUUCUCAGAAACUUUUUAUUCAAUAGGAACAUUUCAAAAUCACGGGGCUCCACAUGUUGUUAUUCCGGUUACUGUUAGUAGCUUAAGGACUAAAAACAGCAUGGGUUCAAAUAAUACUCUUCUCCCUUGUUGGAGGCUGUGUCUUGAUUUAUUUCAGUCAUUCAGAAGCCUUUUCUUCUUUUUUUAAAUGCUGGGGAGUUUGAACCCAAGGCCUCAAGCAUGCUAACCAUGUUCUCUACAACUGAGCUACUCCCACAGCCUCAAGAAACAUUAAUAAGCAACUGGUAUUUCCAGGCACUAUGUUAGAUUCUGAAGAUAGGGAGGUAAGAUUGAUAUAAUCCCUGUUGUUAUAGGACUUACUGUGUCAAGUGAUUUUAGUGAGAUAAGAUCUCCAAUUUAUUUCAUAACCAAGAAUGACUGCCUUGUUGUCUUUGUUCAUUUAAAGCAGUAGUUCCUUUGGGGGCAGAGGAGCUUGAAUGACCCUGUCAUAGGGAUCACCCAAGACCAUCAGAAAACACAGAUAUUUACAUUAUGAGGAACUAUAUUAAAGGGUCGCAGCAUUAGGAAUGUUGAGAACCACUGACUUAAUGACAGCUUUCUUAGGGUUUUUCUUUACUAAAAUUUUUACUUCUCACUGUUGCAAGUGCAAACCACUUGCCUAAUUUAUGGUCUCUUCCAUUUCUUGGCUGGAAAGGUCUUAUUUCUGUGAGACAUUUAAGUUUGGUGGGACUUGGGUUCUUUGUUUACACAUUUGUCAGAUUUUUAUUGCAAAGAGGUCAAGUUAUUUUAUAGUGGAAGAGGUUUUUAACACUAGUCAUGGUUCUAUGGAGUCGAGUGUAAACCUUAGUUACUCAUUAUUUGGGUCUUUUUUAUUUGAGGCAGGUUCUUACUAUGCACCCUUUCUGCCUCAGCCUCCCCAGUGAUGGGAUUAAAGGCGUGUGCCACCAUGCCAGGUUCAAUUUUUUGUGUUGUAUGGAUUUCUAGGAAAACUUCAAAAGGAAGAGGACUCUCUUUACUGUAGUUUGGUUUUUUUAAAAUUACUGUUAUUUAUUUAUUUAAUAUUAAAAAAGCUCCAAACUGAAGUGGCUGUGAGGUAAAUCAAGUGUGUGAAAGGUGGCUGGUGUCACCAUUUCUAAAAUACUGUCCUAAACAAACUACUUAGAACAUUUUAUUUCAGCUCAUGAAUGGCUGUUCUAAAUCUGUUGUAUGUUAGACAUACUUUGAACUACCUCUUUACUCAAAAUGGGGAAGUUUCCUUAAUAAAAGUGUGACAAUUAAA